AUGAGUGCACUAGCUAAACUUCCAUCUGAAUCAAAACGUUUUCAUGUAUAUCAUUGUGUAAAUUUGGAUCUAAGUGAUGAAUUUAAAACAGUAAACACCAUUGUAUGGUGGACUUUUUCAUUGUGUACAACAUCUCUUAAUACUCUCAAUAAUGAACAAUAUUUCAAAGAAAUUCAACCAAAAUAUCCUCUGAUUCAUCCUAUUGAACCAUCUAAAAAUAUUGUACCACAUGUAAUAUUAUAUGCACCAGUACCUAUUGCAAGAACAAUGGUAUCCAAAUCACAGGACAAAAGAUUACAAACUCUCUUACCAGUACAGUGUCCUCUCGCUGCAUUAGCUAAACCAGUAUUACAGUCUAUCGCACCUUUAAAUAAACCUAUUCAACUUCAUGAAAUAUCAACAAAGAAGAAAAUAUUACUAGAGUCCAUAAAAUUCCGAAAUAAUCUAUUACAAGAGGUCACCAAAUUGUCUAUAAAACCAGCACCACAACUAACUGAAUUAUUAGCUGCACCUACACAAAAACAUGUUGCAGAUCAAGCUAAGGGAACAUAA